ACUCUAUCAUCUAAUCUACUUAUCGUCUAUUUGGUUGGCUGUCUUCUAUCUUUGCAUUUGUGUCAUGGCAAAUCCUCCAAUCUCUUUACACAAUUCCAAAAUCAACGUUUCGCCAUGGAACCGCAAGAUCAAACGGCGGUAGUGGGUGCCCGUGUAACUCUACCCUGUAGAGUGAUCAACAAACAGGGUGUUUUGCAGUGGACCAAAGAUGAUUUUGGCUUGGGUACCUCUAGAGAUUUGGCCGGGUUCGAGCGUUACUCCAUGAUAGGCAGCGAUGAGGAGGGUGAUUAUUCUUUGGAUAUUUAUCCGGUUAUGUUGGAUGAUGAUGCACGCUAUCAGUGUCAAGUGAGUCCGGGUCCAGAAGGCCAACCGGCUGUUAGAUCUACAUUUGCCAAAAUUACAGUAUUAGUACCGCCAGAAGCACCCAAGAUAUCGCAAGGCGAAGUGAUUCAUGCCACAGAAGAUCGUAAGGUAGAUAUAGAAUGUGUGUCGGUGGGUGGUAAACCGGCAGCAGAAAUAACCUGGAUCGAUGGUUUUGGCAAUGUGAUAACCGACAAUAUUGAAUACACCGUUAUACCUUUACCGGAUCUCAGAAGAUUUACCGCCAAAUCUGUGCUUAAACUAACGCCCAAAAAGGAACAUCACAAUACCACUUUUACCUGCCAGGCUCAAAAUACUGCCGAUCGUACCUAUCGCUCUGCCAAAAUAAGACUGGAAGUGAAAUACGCUCCCAAGGUUAGGGUUAGUGUGAUAGGCGGUGCUGUGGGUAAUGGACGGAUACUGGAACAUUCUCAAGUUAGGCUGGAGUGUAAAUCUGAUGCUAAUCCCAGUGAUGUACGCUACAAGUGGUACAUAAAUGAUGAACCCAUAAGUGGUGGACAAAAAACAGAAAUGGUCAUACGCAAUGUCACAAGAAAAUUCCAUGAUGCCAUAGUGAAAUGUGAAGUGCAAAAUUCCAUAGGCAAAAGUGAGGACAGUGAGACUUUGGAUAUCAGCUAUGGCCCAACAUUUAAAGAGAAACCUCGAUCCAUGGAGGCUGAUAUUGGGAGUUUGGUUACCUUGAAUUGUGAAGUUGAUGGCAAUCCUACACCCGACAUUGUAUGGAUACAACAUCCCAUUGAUAGAGUGGUUGGCGCCAAUCCUAAUUUAACCUUUAGUGUUAGCAAUGAAACCGCUGGCCGUUAUUAUUGCAAGGCCAAUGUUCCCGGUUAUGCAGAGAUUUCGGCCGAUGCCUAUGUCUAUCUUAAAGGUUCGCCCAGCAUUUCCUCGGCACGCACCCAAUAUGGUUUGAUUGGUGAUACAGCGCGCAUUGAAUGUUUUGCCACCUCUGUGCCCCGAGCACGUCAUGUCUCCUGGACAUUUAAUGGCCAUGAAAUCAGUUCGGAAUUAGGUCAUGAUUAUUCAGUUUUAGUUGAUGCCGUGCCGGGUGGUGUGAAAUCGACCUUAAUUAUACGUGACAGUCAAUCUUAUCACUAUGGCAAAUACAACUGCACGGUGGUUAAUGAUUAUGGCAAUGAUGUGGCGGAAAUUAAUUUACAAGCACAAAAAAGCGUUCCCUUGUUAAUGACCAUAGUGGGAGGCAUUUCAGCUGUGGCGCUAUUAAUGAUCAUUACCAUUCUAGUGGUGGUAUAUUUCAAAUGUAAAAAACGUUCCAAACUUCCCCCAGCCGAUGUUAUAAGCGAACAUCAAAUUACGAAAAAUGGAGGCGUGGGUUCAUGCAAAAUGGAGGCUGGUGAUCGUACUUCCAAUUAUAGUGAUCUCAAGGUGGAUAUCUCGGGUGGUUAUGUACCUUAUGGAGAUUACACCACACACUAUAGUCCACCACCUCAAUAUCUAACCACUUGUUCCACGAAAUCCAAUGGUAGCUCCACAAUUAUACAAAAUAAUCAUCAAAACCAUAUACAGCAACAGCUGCAACAACAACAGCACCAACAGCAGCAGCAGCAACAACAACAACAGAGUCUGCCCAUGACCUUUUUGUCAUCGAAUGGUAAUGGCAGUUUAACCGGCAGCAUUAUUGGCUCCCGGGAAAUACGCCAGGAAAAUGGUCUUCCUAGUUUACAAUCAACCACGGCCUCUGUGGUGAGUUCAUCACCUAACGGCAGUUGUAGUAAUCAAAGUACCGCCACUCAUGUGGUAACUGCUACACCAGCUUCAGCGGUUGAUCCACGUUUUAGUGCCAUUUAUGGUAAUCCCUAUUUAAGAUCAUCGAAUUCCUCUCUAAUGCCACCACCAACAGCUGUUUAAGGUAAACAAAAAAGUACUUUUAUUAUAAAAUAAUUUAGACAAAGACAAAAAUUACUAUUGAGCAUAAUUAAUUAAUUAAAAGAAAGACUGAAAUUGUAAAUAAUACUUAAACUGGCAUUCUACAUUACAUAUAUUCACCAUAGGGUGAAUUUGAAACAAAU